AUGCCCUGCCUGCCCCCCUCGCUUAAUCUGGACUCAGUGUCGGAGACCCCGGCCAGCUCCACAGGCGCUGCUGCGGGCCGCGAGGGGCUCAAACCCAAGGGCAGCGGAGCCGGAGCCGGGGCCGGGGAGAGGAAGGGAGUUGUUUACGCGACGAAAGGUGCUGGGGAAAAGACGAGGUCUGGAGAGCCCGGGGAGCCCCAGAAAUGCAGAGCGCCCCGCCGGUCUCCGCCCCACCCGCCCUGGAGUCCGCGGGAGCGAGAAAAUUCCCUAAAAAGGGCCGGGACGCGCCCGCGGGUGGGAGGGGGGAGGCGGCCGAGGGCCCAAGGGCGUCCGGCUAGUGCGGAGGGCCCCCAGCCCUCGCCCGGCCGCCGCCUCUGCGCCCCCGCCGCUGAGCCCCUACCUGCAGUGCCCCGCGCCCCCGCUGCCUCGGUCGCUCGGCUCCGGCGAGACGGCGGCGGGGGCGUGGGAGCGAGCCGCGCCGGGCGGGGUGGGGCUGCGCCGCCGAGGCUCCCGCGGGACGGCCGGGCCCUGGGAGCCGGGAACGAGGAAGCGGCGGGCGGCGGAAGUGGGGGAGGGGCGGCGGCGGGCACCCGCGCUCGCCUCCCUCCCGGCGGCCUUGGGGAGCCCCCUUGGGCGCGGCCGCUCGCACUUCCAGGCCCGGGGAAAAGUUCCCGGCGCGCAUCCCUGCCCCGCAGCUGGCCGCGCUCGUCCGCACUCCGCCCGUCGCCGGGGCGCUCGGCUCCGCACGCUCAGAUCCACUUGCUGCGCCGCGCUGGGCGGCGCAUCCCCGCCGCGGGGACACGCGCGGGCUGUCGACCCACGCGCACUUGCUGCUGGCGACUCCCGGGCAGCCCCGCCGCAACGCACCCGCACCCUGGGCGAGAAGGCGCAGCGGGGAAGGAGACCCGCUGGAGCGGGGAGAGCAUUGACCCGGUGCCGCGCAUCAGGGCAGCUCCAGAGCCGCGGGAACAGGACCGGGUCGGGGGUGUCUGUCGGGAAUACUUCCGUGGGGUCAUUCGUUCAUUCACUGAACAAACAUCCACGAGCAAGCCGGGAACUGGGAGUCAUCCUUGGCACCUCCCUGUCCUGUGAUCCAGAAACUGAGAGACAGAGAGUGAAGGGACUUGUCCAAGGCCAUACAGCAAAUAAGUGAUGAAAUUCAAAUCCACAGUGGCUGCUUCCAGGGACUGUGCUUGUAACCUCUGCUCCCAGCCUGUUCCCUUUCUGUCCUGUUGCAGUUUCUAUCUUCCAAGAAAUGUUUUAGUCAGUUUGAUUCUUAGUCCUCAUUACUGGAUGAAGUACUUCGUCCCCCUUCCUAGCACAGAGGAAUGAGACCCACUCGGGAGUACAGUGGGUGAGAGCUCAGCUCCCAAAACCAUUUCUCCCCGUUCCAGGCUUAUCCCCAGGAACAGAACUCCAUGGGUUGUUUCAACCUGUCCCCAAGAUGGUGAGAGAUCUGGAACUUCCAUCCCUUCUCUUUGCCAGAUAGUUGCCACAUGAAGGGGUAGAGAGAGAAAAGCAUCCAAGCUAGAGAUAAUUCAGGGGGCUAAGCUGGAAGGGUGUCAGGCAAGAGAAAGACCCAGGCAGCGGCCCCAGGAGCAGAUGGCAAAAGGAGGUGGAAGGAACCAUGGAAAAAUAGAUGGCUGAGACUUCUGGCUUCCAU